UUGUGGAGACCACUGCUUGACAAUUCUGGGAACCUUACCUUUGGAAUGCCGCACCGGACAAACAUGAUUUUGAAACAUUUGACAUUUCUCUUGGUUCUACAAUACUUUAUUCAUUUGGUCGCACCAGAGGUUGCAGCUAAUAAAGGUAAUGUGAUUGUGUGGACUUUACAUUACCUUGAAGUCAUAAUACUGUAUGUGACACCAGUUGUUCAGUAAUUUUCAGUAGGCAAGCCUUUUUAAAUGAAAGUACAUGUUGGAUUCCCGAGCAAAAUCUGCAUCUAUUAUAACGUGUUAAUUUGACAUGGACUAUGAUUAUUAGCCUAUUCUUUUUGAUGUAGCCUAAUUAUAAAGCAUAUGGAUUAUGCUUGUUGUGUGGCCUUGUUACUUUGCCCCUGUAAGUCAAAUUGUUCCGAAAUUGUAACUAGAGCCUACACCAAACAGAUUUGUGGAUCAGGCAUAGCAAGGAUGAUAUAUAUAUUUAUAGCAUAUAUAGCAGUUGGUCAUCACAUUGCCAUACAGAGUAUUUUACACUGCUCGUCUCUUGUCACCUCUUCAGCUCUCCCUGAGCCGCUUAACCUGUCAUUGACGUGGGCGACUGAAUUCCUUAUAAAGCUGUCGUGGAAUGCACCAAAGGAUUUAGACGCAUCAUGCAAGGUGAACUACAUGAUCACUACAAGGAUCGGACAGGUUAGUGGAAUGUUUCACUUGGGCCCAUGAAGGGGACAAUUAUUUUAAUGCAAAUAUUAAUUUGGGAUUUUAUUUAAAUGCAGACUGGUUUGUAUGCAUAGACUGAAUGGGAACAUAUUCAUGCAUAUAAUAGAAAACAAUCCAUGCAAAAUAUGAAUCACAGUUCAAUUGCUAUCAAAAGCCUAGUAAAAUAUUUAUCCACCAAUUUCAAAACCUUUCUUAUAGCUACUUUAUUAAUCAUUCAUAAUAUCUUAAAGUAUUAGAAACAUAAUCUGAUAUAAAGUGAUAGUAACCUGUAGGCUAUUAUAAUAUACACCAUAUUAAUUCAAGAUAUACCACUGAAUGUGAAAUGACAAAGAUAAAACAUUUCUUUGCAGAGGAGACCCCAAGCAGAGACAACUUUCAAAUUGUAUAAAGUGAAAAGACUCUCUAUGGAAGAUGCAGUGAAUUACACAGUGCAAACAAACCCCAAACACUGUACCGGCAGAACCAUAAGCAAACCUGUCAGCCAAUCCAUCACUAAACCCACAGGUAGGUAACAAUCACUGGGGCAAAUUCUAACUUUCAAUUUUCACUUAGUCUCCUACUGAAAUCAAUGCAUGACUAAAUGAAAAGUUGACUUAAAUGGAAGUUAGGAUUUGUCCCUAUAUGAAUUGGGACUGGUGAACUCCUCUGAACUUUAUCCAAUGUGUCUACUGUAAUAUAAACAAUGUGCUGCAAUUAAUAUUGUUUUACAUGUUUGAAAUUCCCUUGCAUUUAAUUCUAGUUUAUGGUAGGCCUAAUUAGUGCAUAUCCAAUAAAAUAUUGAACAAAGGGUUCAGCAAAUAGUUCAAAGCAAAUCAAUAAAUACAAUGGCCACAAAGAUGUAGGCUAUGCUCCCAGUAAAGCGUUACCAGAGAGGAUGGAAAACCUUAUUAGGACAACAUUUACAUCUCAUUUUACAUUUUAGUGACACCAUCUCCAUCUCUCUCUCUCUUUGUCGGAUCCUAUUUUUGUAGUCUAGACUCAUGGCAAUUUUCUCUCUCUCUCCCUCUCUCUCUCUCUCUCUCUCUCUCUCUCUCUCUCUCUCUCUCUCUUGCUCUCUCUCUCUAGAGUUGGUGAAGAACUUCCAGUGUUCCCUCUACUCCUCUAAGGCCAUGAACUGCAGCUGGCUUCCAGCCAAUCAGGCCUCAGACCUCCAGCUGUACUACGGGUGAGAACUAUUCUACUUCCUGUCAAAUCUCCUAAUCCCUCCCUACCCAACAACUGAACUGGUAAAAUAAUUCCUGGAACACUGUGAAUAUUUGAGUCAGUUGAGCCGAGUCAGUUGAGCUGAGCAGUGACAGAUUGUCAUCCCUCUCAUCCCUAAUGUUUCAGGUCCCCUGGUGACUCCCACAUAGCAGCAUGCAGUGAGUACCAGUACAGAGCUGCUCAGAGGACAGGAUGUCACCUGAGAGGAGCCUUCCUUGAAUAUGACGUCUACUUCCUGGUCAAUGGGACUCUCAAUGGCUCGUAUGUACAGAAUAACUUCCUGGUGCUUCCUAGAUAUCAUGGUAAGAAUAACCCCAUACCACAUUCUUUAACAGUUCAAAACAAAUGUUUACGAUAUCCUCAUAGUAUGAUCUGAAAAACAUUCAAACAAAUUUACAUCUGGAGGUAAAGUCAGUCUAAUUUUCUUUGAAUACAAAAAAGCUAUAUCUUUAUGAAAGUAGACCAACCAAUGAGUAAUUCAAUGAUACAACUAUACAGUCAAGUAUGCAAUAUCGUUGAUAUUACCAAUACUCUCAUUUAUCUAAUGUUAUACUGUAUGUCUGAUUCUCUUCAGUCAAGCCCCCGGCCCCUAAGGUGAAGAUCACAGAGGAAGGGAAGAAUCUCAUCCUGAGCUGGGACCCUCCGGACAUAGGCGCUAGCCACUGCUGGAAUUACAUCUUAAACUACAACAAGUGUCAAGAGUCUCUGGUAAGCCCUGGAUGUGUGGAUAUUUGUAUUUACAUUUAUGUCUCCCUUUAUUUAUCUAGGAAAACUAGUUCAGAACUAAUUCUUUUUUACAUUGACAACCUGGCAAGUGCAGUUGUCUAUUUUUAUGCUUCCCAGAAGUGUGUUUUCAAUAGUUUCAUAUUUAAUUUAACCUUUAGUUAUUUAUGGGUUGCACCUACGUCACUCGGUCGUGCCAUUGUUAUACAGGUUAGUGUGACUGAGAUAAAAAUCUCUUUUGCAACAGGGAACCUUUCAAAACCUGUGUUUGUAAUCAUGAUUAUUAUCCAUAAUCAGAUAAACAGAUAAAGAGGCCAACGUUUAGCUGGCUGCAGACAGAAUAUGGUUCAGAUGAUGGGUUGGGCGUUCUGCUAUGGUCACCAUGAGACAGGCCACUUCUGUGAAUUACACCAAGAAAAAUACAGCUUUAGUCACUGGAGAAUGUUUACAUUGCUUUGACGUACCUACUGAAUGUGUUAGGAUGAGGGGGUCCUUGGACAUCUGCUGUUUGUGUGUGUGUCUGUGGGCAUGUGUGGGCAUGUGUGUUUCAGUCAAAUAGUACACUAUUUGAGUUCCACUCAUGGUUCUGUGUAUGUUUCUUCCAGAGUAAGGAAAUACAAUUCGAACAUGUACCAGUGAAGGUUCCAUAUGACCGGAGAUGCCAGUACAGAGUGCAGCUGAAAGCAGUCUAUCAGAAAUGGUGUGGGGACGGAGGCAGCGACUGGAGCGAAGAGGAAAUCUACGGUACUUCCUCCUCUUUCUUUCUCUACAUUCUCUCCCUCCUUCAGAACACAGAGAGUGAUGUACUGUAAUUGUGACCAUUGAAAUUGUUUAAACUUUCCCCUUAUCAAACAAAAUAGAAGACACAUAGAAUAAAGAGUUUAAUAUACCAGUAGUCUAUAGUCUAUAUAAUAGUAUAUGUCGUUGUAAUAGAGUCCCUGUCCAUCUUCCGAAAACAUCUGAAACCCUACCUCUUCAAAGAGUAUCUUAAAUAAUCCCACAGCGCCCCCCAAAAAAUAUAUAUAUUUUUAAUACUGACUCACUUGCCUUUUGUGAACUAACACUCACACUUGACUUCUUUCCCCUACUAGCACUGACUUUGCUGAUUGCUACUUUACUGAGAAAAAUAAAUGUACUUACUGUGACUGAGAUAUGUGGUUGUCCCACCUAGCUAUCGUAAGAUGAAUGCACUAACUGUAAGUCACUCUGGAUAAAAGCGUCUGCUAUAUGACUAAAAUGUAAAUGUGUUUAGAUUGAUUGAGUGGAAAAGAGAUAUAGGAAAUGUGAUUUCACUCAAGUAAUUGCCAUUUUGGUGGUUAAUUUGACUUCUUUUUAUCUUUCUUUUUCAGACACAGAACAACGCUUUUCCCCAAGAUUCCCCCAAGGACCAUAACUGCACUGCUGAAGAGUGUCAGGAGUGGGAGCUCCGCAUUCGAUCAUAG